ACUAUAAAAUUGUUUGACAGUCAGGCACGUUUUGACGUGAUAACCAAAAUAAUAAACAAUAAAUAGGUGCGUAAAUAUUCCACAUUUUUAAACGUUUAGAAAGCCUUAAAAUGGUUUCAAAAGUGGUAUCCUUGUUUACCAUAUUGUGCUUACAAGUAAUUGUUGCACCUCCUGUUACAAAAGAUAAACCUCAAGCUGAAAAAGAAAAGGAACCCAUUGAAGACGUCAUGGAGUAUCACAGGUAUUUAAAAGAAGUGGUGAGUGCAUUGGAGUCAGACCCAGAGUUUAGGAAGAAGUUAGAGCAGGCAAACGAAGAAGAUAUAAGAUCUGGAAAAAUUGCAAACCAGUUAGAAUUUGUUUCACAUCAUGUUAGAACAAAAUUAGAUGAAAUUAAACGAACUGAAAUGGAGAGGUUACGUAAUUUAGUUGAGAAAAAGAAUGGCCUGGCAGAAGGUAAUUAUAUUGAGGAUCCUAAUCAUGGACGUUUGGAUCAUUUAGAUCAUUCAAGUCAUACAUUUGAAAUUGAGGAUCUUAAAAAAUUAAUUGCUAAAACCACAGAAGAUUUGGCAAAAGCAGAUCGCAAAAGAAGAGAAGAUUUUAAGAAAUAUGAAAUGCAAAAAGAAUUAGAGAAAAUGGAAAAAUUAAAUCAUACUACUGGUGAAGAAAGGGAGAAACUAGAGAAGCAGUAUAAGGAAUUAGAGGAGAAACACAAAAAACAUGAGCCUCUUCAUGAACCAGGACACAAAGCCCAGUUGGAAGAGGUUUGGGAGAAGCAGGACCACAUGGAACAAGAAUUUGAUCCCAAAACAUUCUUUAUGCUACAUGAUUUAGAUUCUAAUGGACUAUGGGAUGAAAAUGAAGUUAAAGCACUAUUUGUUAAAGAGUUGGACAAAAUGUACGCUGCAGGAGCCCCAGAGGAUGAUAUGGCAGAAAGAAUAGAAGAAAUGGAAAGAAUGAGAGAGACAGUGUUCAGAGACGUUGACAAAAACCACGAUAAUUUUAUCGAUUUUAAUGAAUUUGUUUCGCAAACUAAAGAUCCUAAUUUCCAAGAAGAUCAUGGAUGGCAACCUUUAGAUGAAAACAAGCCAUACACUGCAGAAGAAUUACAGGAAUACAUCAAUCAAUAUCAAAUGCAACAUGGUGGAUAUUAUCCUAAUCAACCAGGGUAUGCUAAUUAUCCAUACCAGCAAGGAUAUCCCAAUGAGUUACCACCUCAAGUUCACCAAAUGCCUCCUCAACAAGGUUACCCAGCUCCCCCUCAAGGUUAUCCAAAUCAACCCCACCCACAAGGAUAUCCAAAUCAAGCUCAACCUCAAGGCUAUCCCAAUCAGGCUCCUCAAGGGUAUCCUAAUCAAGCUCCCCCACAAGGAUAUCCUAAUAAUGCUCCUCAAGGAUAUCCAAAUCAAGCCCCUCCUCAAGGAUAUCCAAAUCAAGCCCCUCCUCAAGGAUAUCCUAACCAAGUUCCCCCUCAAGGGUAUCCUAAUCAGGCUCCCUCACAAGGAUAUCCAAAUCAAGCUCCACCUCAAGGCUAUCCUAAUCAACCUGUUGCUCCAGGAUCCAAUAACCAAGCUCCUUCGGCUGUUUCUCCUCCUAAUCAACCUCCUGUUCAAGGAAACCCUAAUGUAGGUCAACAGGCACCGGCGCAGUCUCAACAGCAGUCAAGUUCACAACCUGGGCAAGCUCCACCUGUUGGAAAGGGUACUGGUGAUUUAAAUUCUAAUAGUGUCAACUUGAAUCAGCCUGAAGGUGGUUCGCAGCAGCAACACCAUAAUUAAAGUUAGGUGCAAUGUGUUAAUAUGCAAUUAAAAAGUUUAUUGAUAGAUCUGGAUCAACUUUAUGUAACAUUCAUAUCUUGUUAUUAAACUUUUACUGAUGAAAUGUGAUGUAUAUUGUGAGAUGCAUUUAAAUAAUUACAUUUUUAUUAUACAUGUAUACAUACAUACACUAUAUAAAGUAGAUAGUUAUAUUCGAAA